AUGACAAAUACAAGUGAGAAAAUAAAUAGUUCCUUUUUUUCUGAUGUUAAAGAAGCCAAUUCUAUUUCAAAAGAAAAUUUAUUAAUAAAAUGGUCUAUUGAAGAGGAAGUAUUUGAUGGAGAAAAGAUUGAAAAAAUUUAUAGAUAUCUUGAAAAAACACGUUUUAAUGAAAAAAAUCUUAUUAUCUUGGAAGAAAAUUGCUAUUUAGAAAGAUACCUCUGGAAAUACAUAAGCCAUGAAUCUACAGAUAAUCACAUUUAUUCAAUUGCUAUUCUUUCUGUUUACAAAAAAACUACUUCUAAGCCAUGGGAUUUUAUAUUAAAUAAGCCACAUCCUUUUUCAUUUUUUUUUAGACGUGUAUUAGAAAUGAUACAGUUAGAUACUACAAAAGCUAUAUUGCGUACCUAUCUUAUAUCUUUUGUUAUAUUAUCAUUUCAACAUUUUGAUAAUCCUAUUUUACGAAAAGAAUGUAUACCUUUGGUUUCUAUAGAUAUUUGGACAAAUCUUUCAUCAGAGGAAGUAAGAAAAUCAAGAAUUUCCUUACAUAAUCAUGUUCAAAAACUCUGGAAAGCAAACAUCAAGCGAUAUAAUACUUCAGAAGAUGAACUUAAAUCAAAAAUGUUGUUUAAUAGAAAUUGGUUAUUUAAAAUUGUGAUUGAUUUCAUAAAUUUUUUAUAUAAUAAAAAAAAUAAAGAAUAUGAUAUUAUAUAUUGUGAAAAAGUUUUAGAGCUUUUGGUUGAUUUAGUGAGUCAACCUUUAAGUCGCCGAUAUCUUAAUUUUCUUCUAAAAGAUCUUCAUUUUACAGCAUUAGUGAAAAAAUCACCUUUAUAUACAGCCCCAGAAAAUCGAAUUUUUAAAGAUCUUUUUAAUAUCUUGGAUAAAUAUAUUUAUAUGGGAUAUGAUGAUCAUAAUAGCAUAGAACUUUCUUCAGAAGAAGUAACGAAAAAUAAUUAUGAUGAAAUAGCCAAAUUACAAAGAAUUGCUAUGAGAAAAUUUAAAGAAAAAUUAAUUAUUUUAGCAACAUCAAAUUAUGCUACAAUAAAUACAGGAGAUACUCUUGUUGAACAUCUUGAAGGCUUGGAUGAUAACGAAUUUUAUCAAUUAUUUCAAUAUAUUGGUUUACGUUCACAGUAUCCUCAAGAGCUUUUGGUUCCAAUUAAUCGAGAGUUCUUAACCUCCGCACUUAUUGAACAUUAUAAGAGACGAGAAUCUUUACAAGAAGUUCUUGAAAAUUUUAGAAUUAUGCCAGAUGAAAAAUCUCUUUUUUCUUUAAAAUAUCAUUUUUAUAAAAAAUAUGAUGGACUUCGGUCUUUACCAUUAUUGAAGUUUAAUUUACAAUAUCUCAGUAUUAGUGAUUUUAUAUACCGUUCUCUAGAACUUUACAGAGACAUAGUUUAUGACGAAAUACAUAAAGAUAUUGAAAACGUUAUAAGUAAAAUGAAACCUAAAGUCCAAUAUCCAAGUUUUUCUAUUCGGUUUCAAGGAAGUUCUAAUAUGGCUUUAAUUAUUAAAAAUCUUGCUGUAUUAGAAGUUGCUAAGCCAAAAGUUGGGGAGGAGAACCCAGGAUAUGUAAGAGUCGAAGUCAAAUUAGAACUAGACUAUAUUGCAGAAGAACUGCGUCGUCAAUGGGAGUCACUUCGUCAGGGAGAUGUUGUUUAUCUACUAUCAAUAAAAUCAAUAGAUGAUUUAAAAGAAACACCUGAAAUGAAUGCAAGCUUUGCAUUAAAAUCUGGAUUAAGAUAUCUUCGUACUGCUGAAGUAGAUCAAAUUUUAAAUCAUGAUGGGCGUCCUUUAAAAAUAGUUGAACAAUUGGCCCAAGAAGAUGAGUUUGAAAUGGUUAAAACAGGUCGAAAACGAGUUCUUAGACUUUUUAUAGAUCCCUAUAAUUACAAAAUCGAUAAUGAUAAAACUCUUUAUGAAGAAGGAGAUGACGUAUACAGUAGUAUUAAUCUUAUUGUUAGAAGACCUCCAAAGGAUAAUAAUUUUAAGCCUAUAUUGGAAUCUUUGAAAAAUUUAGCUCAUACAUCUGUUUCGCUUCCAUCAUGGUUUGAAGAUAUUUUUCUUGGAUUUGGGGAUCCUUCUAAUGCUUUAUAUUAUAAUUUAGAAACUCGUCCUAGUAGUUUAUCUUUUCCUGAUACAUUUUUAGAUUGGAAUCAUCUUCUUGAAUGUUUUCCAGAUAAGAAUAUAAAACUUAUUACAUCGACGCAAAAUCUAGCACCAAAUCCACCAUAUAGAAUUUAUUUCAAAUACAAUGAAUCUUUAGAUAAUUUCCCUGUUCCAAAUAAUGAAUUAAAAAAUAAAAACAAUGAUACAUUGUUUGUAGAAACAUAUUCUAUUUCAAAUUUAGGAUAUCUUCAAAAUGAAAGAAAAAUGAAUACUAUUAGAUUUACUCCUGAACAAGCUGAAGCUAUAUAUUCUGGUACUAAUACUGGUUUAACUCUUAUAAAUGGUGCACCGGGAACUGGUAGAACAGAUGUCAUUUCUCAAAUUAUUAGCAAUAUUUAUUAUAACUUUCCAAAUCAAAGAACAUUAUUAAUUGCACAAAAUAGUCAUACGUUGAUUAAAGUCUUUGAAAAACUUUCUUCAUUAAAUAUUCGACAAAGACAUUUACUUCGUCUUAGUCAUGAUGGAUUAAAUGACAAAUUUAGUCUUUAUAAAUCAGGAAGAAUCGAUCUAUUUUUGGAGAGGCGAACAACAUUAUUAUUAGAAGUUGACCGUCUUGCUUCUGUUUUACAAAUACCUGGAGCUCACGGAAAUUCUUGUGAAACAGCUUGCUAUUUUUUUGAGUUUCAUAUAAAGCCAUUAUGGAAGAAAUUUACCUUAUGUUUCAAUAAUGAAUGUUCCACUAAUGAUCUAAUUUCAUCAUUUCCUUUUCAUCAAUACUUUUCUAUUGCUUCUCAACCAUUGUUUCCUGAAAAUGUAGAUAAAGACCAAAUAUUUGAUAUAGCUAGUGGUUGCUAUCAUCAUAUUGAAGAAUUAUUUUAUGAAUUGUCAGAUAUUCGUCCUUUUGAAUUUCUUCAUUCAAAUGAAGCAAAAUCUAAUUACUUACUAAGUAAAGCUAAAAUUAUAGGAAUAACAUCAAGCUAUGCUUUAAUUAAGCGCGAAAAAAUAUUCAAUUUAAAUCUUAAAUACGAUAAUAUUAUAUAUAAAAGCUCUAAUCAGCUUCUUGAAAUAGAAACAUUUGUUCCAAUGACUUUACAGACUAAUUUUGAGUCCUUACAAAGAAUAAUUCUUGUAGGUGAUUAUAAACAAAUGGGUCCUAUAGUGAAAAAUAGUGCGCUUAAAUACUUUUCGAAUAUAAAGCAAAGUUUUUAUAAUCGUUUAAUACGACUUGGUGUUCCAAUAAUUCAUCUUAAUGCUCAAGGUCGCACUAGAAGUACUAUAGCAGAACUUUUUUCAUGGGCUUAUGAUAAAUUAACUAAUUUGCCGCAUUUACAGACAGAUAAAGAAUUUAUAUAUUCUAAUGCAGGAUUCUUAAAUGAUUAUCAAUUUAUUAAUGUAGAAGAUUAUAAAGGACAAGGAGAAAUUGAAUCUAGUCCUUAUUUUUAUCAAAAUCUUGGAGAAGCUGAAUAUGCUGUUGCAAUAUAUCAAUAUAUGAGACUUUUAGGUUAUCCUUCUCAGAAAAUUACAAUUCUUUGUAGUUAUGCUGGUCAAAGGGCUCUUAUAAAUGAUGUAGUAAACAGAAGAUGUGUAAGCAAUCCACUUUUUGGCUCACCCAAAAAGAUAACUACUAUUGAUCAAUAUCAAGACGAGUGUAAUGAUUAUAUUAUUCUUUCUUUAACAAGAACAAAAGAUUUAGGAUACCUUAAGGAAUUGGAUCGUUUAAUUGUAGCUAUUUCUAGAGCACGGUUAGGUUUAUAUAUUUUGGGACGUCGUAAUAUUUUUGAAUCAUCUUUUGAACUUAAACCUGUCAUUAGUAGAAUUAAAAAUUCUGAUAAAUUACAAUUAGUAUAUGGAGAAAUGUGGCCUUCGAAUAGAAAAAUUGGCGAUAAAGUUGAAAAUAUAUUUGAAAUAGAAGGUGUAGAACAUCUUGGUGUUUAUGUUUAUGAAAUGUCAAAAAAAGCAUUAGAAAAAUUAAAGGAAAAUAAAAAUGUUUUAUAA